AUGGCAAAUCCAAACAAACAUAUUUGCAAAUUACAAGAAUUUUCUGCACAUAAUGCAAAUGUUACCUGUUUGGCUCUUGGUCAAAAGAGUGGCUUAGUAUUAGCUACAGGUGGUGCAGAUAACAAAGUGAACUUGUGGAAAGUUGAUAGUGAAACAUGUUUUAUGAGCUUAUGUGGUCAUGUAACUCCAAUUGAAUGUGUACAAUUUGAUCCAUCUGAAUAUCUAGUGGGUGCCGGUAGUCAAACUGGUGGCUUAAAAGUAUGGGACUUAACUAAAGGAAAAAAGGUGAAGACAUUUAGUGGACAUAAGUCGGCUGUUACAAAAUUAGAUUUUUUUCCUUUUGCUUCAUCUUCAUAUUUUGUAACGGGUUCAAAAGAUACCAAUGUUAAGUUAUGGGAUUAUCGAUAUUCACACUGCAUAGGGAUGUACAAAGGUCACGAAGCAUCUAUAUCUAGUUUGAAAUAUAGUCCAGAUGGUUUAUGGAUUGCCUCUGGCGAUGAAGAUGGAUGUGUUAAGAUAUGGGAUUUGAGAGUUGGACGCAUGAUACAUGUUUUUGAUAAACUACAUAAUGGGACAGUAACAUCAAUUCAAUUUCAUCCAUUAGUGUUUUUACUAGCUAGUAGUGGUACAGACAAAAAAAUUAAUAUAUUAGACUUGGAGCGAUUUAGUAUUAUUUCUCAAAUAGAUACAGAAAAAUCAAUAAUUAGAUGUUUGCAAUUUAAUGAUAAAGGAGAUGUUCUAUAUGGAGGUGGUGAUGAUUACCUUGGUGUGUAUGGUGUAGAACCAACCAGAGUGUGUGAUUCGGUGGUUGUAAAAUGGGGAAAUAUGAACGAGUUAGUAGUAAAAGAUAAUCGAAUUGUUGGUGCUUCACAUUUAUCAACGGACGUUUCAACAUGGUUAAUUAAUUUACCUGAAGAAUAUCCUUUUAAAAAUCAAUUUUCACCACCUGAUAAGUCAUCAAAGACUAAUACAAUGUUUACAAGAGAUACUAGUGUUCGAAAAAGUUUUAAUAAACAAAAAUCACGAGAAAUGAUUAAACCUAAAACUAAUAUGAAAUUAAUUGAUGAAAGUGAAACUGAUAUUGAUGACGAAAAUCAAACUGUAAUUAAUAAUGUUCAUGAUUAUCAUUCAGUGUUUAAGCCGAAUAGAACUUCGUUUAAACCAAGUAGAAUAUUAAAUAGGAGUCCACCUCCAUUUUCACCCUUAUCCGAAGAUGGUGAUCCCAAUAAUAUAUUUAUUCCUGAAGUAAAUAGAAAUCAAUCAACAUCUGCAAAAUUAGAGGAAAAAAAACAUAGCAUUGACCUUUCUCAAGGAUUAAUGCAAAGCAGUUAUUCAGAAGCUGAAACGUCAUCCGUGGAUUCAACUCCUUGUGAUUCAUUUCAGUUACCUCAGUUUGAGAGUUCUGGCGAUUACCAUACACCUGAUUUACCAACUCCAUUAUCAACACCUGAUAGUGUUGAGGUGUCUGAAAAAAGACACAAUCCUUACAUAACAUCAUCAGUGUCAAUGCGGAGUGUAUCUUCUAAUGUAAUCAAUGAAAGUUUAUCCAAACGUCCAUCUUCUUUACCAGUCUUUAGACAAAAUGAUCAUUUUGCUUAUGGACAUAAGUACACAUCACCUCAAUCUCAAAGAAAAAUUAUUCCAGAUGAAAUUACAUCAUUACCUCAUCAUAAACGACUGUUGGCUGAUGAUUACUUAGUUACACCAGAACAUAAAAAGACUGAUAUCAUCUCUAAGAAAUUUGAACUUCCCUUAGAUGAUUUUGGGGAGUUAAAAAAUGUUUGUACAAAUAGUUUAAAUAAUAUCAUGUAUGAUGAAGAAGACAUUGUGGAAAUUCUUUCAAAAAAUCAUAAGUCCACUAUGGGUGUGCUCAAAGAAAGACAACGUUAUCUUAAUAUUAUACAGACAUUAUGGACUAAUAAAAAUUUUAAGUGUGCUGUAAAUUCUGCCGUUUCCAUGAAUGAUGAUGCUGUCAUAUCAGAUCUCAUUUCUAUUAUUACACAACGCCCAAAUCUGUGGUGCCUAGAUGUUUGCAGUAUGUUACUUCCUUCGAUAUCUGAUUUGAUUCAAAGUGGGAAUGAGGCAUUCAUAAAUGUAAGUUUCAAAGCCAUAAGAGAUAUACUGCAGUAUUUUAUGCCAGUCAUUAAGAAUAAUAUACAAAGACCGCCUUCUGCAAUAGGUGUUGAUAUAAUGCAAGAAGAAAGAUAUAACAAAUGUCGUAAGUGUCAAAACAUACUCAUGGACAUCAGAUCGUUUGUGCUGAAGAGGCAAACAGUCCAGGGUAACUUGGGAAACGUGUUUAGACAGUUGCAUAUGCUCUUGCAAACAAUAGACAUCUAA